GGAUAAAAGCAAAAUGCCACAUCAAGUAAUAUUGUGAUUGUUAUCAUGGCUGUUUUGAAGCAAUAAGCGCCCUAUUUGAUCAAAACAGCACCUGUUUGUUUGUUUGUGUGGCGGGACGCGCAGAUUUGAUUGGACAGACUGUUAAUCCUUCAAAAGUUUCGACAGGUCAAAUAGGCGUUAGCCUAAUGCGACAAACUCUACGACAAAGGCCGUUGGACGUGGACGAAUAAUAUUCAUAUUUGCUAACAGAAUGAACAUCAGGAGAAUGUAUCCAAUGGCAGUUGGUGAACAAGACUGUGAACUGUCUGUCUGUGUCUACUCUUCCAUGAGCUGCACGCCCUGCAGCCAGAGCCUCGGUGAAGGAGUUCCCACGCAUCCCUCCGAGGAGGAAUUAACCACAGGCCAUCGCGUAAUCGAAGAGACAGCAUCAUCGGAGACGGAAAGAAAAAGUUUUCAGUGUCUGGAAAAUGGGUUUCGCGGAAACUCGGAGUCGAGCAGCGGGACAAACAAAAAGCAAAGAGCGCUGCGGCUACUUGUCAAUACUCGUGAACGGAAGCGCAUGCACGAUCUCAACGAUGCGCUGGAUGACCUGCGAGCUGUCAUACCAUACACGCCGAAUCAAAAUGUGAAAAAACUAUCCAAGAUAGCGACACUUCUCCUGGCCAAGAACCACAUCCUGAUGCAAGCUCGAGCUUUGAAGGAGAUGCGGAGGAUAGUUGAGCAGCUGAACGUGACGCAGAAUAUAAUGAUGACACCACAUACAGGCCUACUGUCGCAUUAA